AGGAGGAGGAGGAGGAGGAUGCUCUGUCAGGUGUCGGCUGCAGCAUCAGCACCGCUCCUCCUCCUCCUCCUCCUCCUCCUCCUCCUGUCCGCAGCAUCUCUCUCUCUCUGUUGCACUGUUUUCUGGCAGUCGGAGAAGGAGGGAGACGGAGUGAAGAAGAGACGCAGCUCCCGCACCUGACCGACAUCUCUUCAACGCGCCAGCCGCGCAGAAAGCUGGAGAUUCAACAGGCCUCCAUCUCCUCGAAGAGCCAUUAAAGACAAGAUCAUUAACUCAAGCUAAAUGGAAGAUCAGUGGCGAGUUGAAGUGAAAAAGACUUCAUGAGAUGACAUUUCGUCCUUGGAAUGAUCAACUGAAGGGCCAUCGUCACGCAGAGCCUGAAGAGGAGAGACAAGGAGGGUAGAACAAUUUGUAAGUCCAUAGAUGGCCUCAGCACCCUGCAGGUGUCUUUGAGCGUGCCAACAAAAUCAGUCUGACAUGAGCUUCCCCACUGGUUACCAGGGACUGAGGGUCAAUGUUGACAGAGGCGAAAAGAUUGGAAAUAAAACCCAGAUCCAGUACUCCCAAUCUGGGGAUGAUAAUGCCAAUCAAAUAUCCUCGAUUGGCGAUCAAGAAGGGUAUAGCACAAGCUCCAUUCCUCCCUUGGUCUCUCAGAGUGAAUCUCCGGACAAGUUAGUGAUCUGGGGCUCCGAGCAGCAAUGCCUGGAGCCUGAGCUCGGAGAGUUCGAGGUUUUGGAGCGCCAGGAGAUACAUACGUUUUUGGGAAACGCAGAUCGUGAGGAGGAGAACGAAGAGGAAGACGAUGGAGAAAGUCUGAGGGAUGGAAAAGAUCCCAUGUCCAUAUCCUCGAGCUCAACUGCCAGCUCUGCUUCGACCGGCGUGAGGAGAAAUGACAACGACAGCAACAAAGUGGAGGGCAGAGUGCAGAGGGGCAGAGAGGUGCAGAGGAGGAUUGGCUGUCACAGCACUGAAGAGCUAGACAUGUGUGUGACAGGCUCAAUAGAGAAAAGAGACACCAGGUCGGGCAGGGCAGGAGACCAGGAGAGAUGGAGGGGAGGUCUGAAGGAGUCCAAGUCGGAGACAAAUGUGUUCGUCUCCAGUCUGUCGGCAGCCGCCCUCAGCGGGAGUCUGUCGAGUGCUCUGGAUAGCGGCGGGGAAGCUCAAUCUUUCAUCUCUCUAUCCAAGACCAGCCCUUAUCCCAAUACAAACAACACUACCUCAGCUCAGACCAGAAGGAGGGAAGCUCCCGUAGAUGCUAACCAGAACUCCCCGCCAUCGUGUGAGAGACAGGAGGAGGGAAGUCACCACAGAAAUGGAUUGUCCUCUGACGGAGGGCUGGGCCAAAGGAGGAGGGCUGGAUUUGAGGAGAGGGUGAUUCCACCACGAAGGCAACAGCUUGUCAGACCCCUCUGCCAGACGGAAACGGGAAGAACAAGGAGCUUAGCAGAGCCCGGUGAUCAUCAAGCCGAGACAGGCCAACCUUCCUCCACCAGCCCCUCUCUGGAAACACACAGUAACGGGUCAAACAGAAAGUUGACCAAAUCGUCUUUACGUGAGCCAUCGGAUUUCUCCUCCCUGUACAACACAUCUGGGGCAUCACAGCUCCGGCAGCCCAACCAGGCCCCACCUGCAGAGAGACAGCCGGCUACAGCUGCGUGGCGUCAUUCCAGUCCCUCCAAUCCUUCCGCUUCCGACAAGAGACCCCAGACUCAGCUCACAUACAGAAGGAACUGCUCCAGUCCCAACAGAACGGGCGUGGACUCCAGGUCAUCUACCCCUCCUCACUCCCCUCUCAGGACACCCCAGGGUUCACCACGCAGGCAACCCUCCAUGUACCUCGUUUCCAGGAAUGUCUCUGGAGGGGUGAGACACAUCCCAUCAGGAUGCAACCCUGCUGUGACGACAUCAGCUCAGGGCUAUGGCAACAGUUGCGUGAGAGCACCAGUCAAAACCAACAUAAGCACAAGUGGAAUCCCCAAAGCGCCUCUCAACAACCAGCAGAGCUCGAACCACAACUCCAAGCCCAAAGACAGCUCCCCAUCGCCUAAACUCAAGCCUAAAGGAGUUCGACCCAAAAUCAUCACCUAUGUCCGGAAGAAUCCUCAGUUUAAGCCCCAGGCCUCUGACGGACCUUAUCAGGUAUCCUCUCUGCCAUCCCGGCUCUCGGCAUACACACACGGCCAAACAGCCACUUCCGUCAAAGACCCCUCGAAGCCAGAAGCGGAAACCAGAGGAGCUCCAGCACUCAGUGCCUCCAAUCUGCUUUAUGACAAGUACCGCCAAGAGAUGCAGACGGGCAUCUUCCCAUCAGGAAUGCUGAACAGGAGUAUCAGGCCGCCUGGACACACACACACUGUCCCCCCUGCACACACACACAGCCACACGGCACCGCCGAAACUGGGCAGCAAAGCAGAGAACUUCUACGGGGCUCCAUCAGAGUUAGGAAGAUCUGGCAGUUUUAAAGGGAGCGCGGCGGAGGACGCGCUGCAGGCCCGGACAGCUGCGCAGGCCGGAGGGAGCGGCAGCCUCCUGCGCUCCAGCAGGGGUCUGCGUCUGGGCCUGGGAGCUGUCACCAGGACAACUACGGGGCCAGCCAAGGGCAGAGGACCUGGUCAAAGUCAGAGAUCGACCCUGGUGCUCAGCCAGCCGGUCCAAGCUGUGAGCCCAGCGACCAAUCAGAAAAGCCAAGACAACACAGAUGAAGUCUUCACCCACCACGCUCCUGCUCCUCUUCCUCAAGCAGCAGCAGCAGCAGCAGCUCAGCCCCAGGCUGCAGCCUCCCGCUCUAUGCUCCCCAAGGCGAGCCAGUCUGGUCUGCGUCCACCCGGCUUCAGCUCCAGCCGCCUCCCCGGGGGGCGCCUCGCAGCCUUCGGCUUCGUCAGGAGCUCCAGCGUGUCCUCCGUCUCCUCGGCCCACUCCGCCGACAGCACGCAGAGUGACCCCUGCAGGACGGCCCACCGUCUGAGUGUGAGCGAGGAGCCUCCUCUUCACAGAGUGACCACGGGCCCCCCGUCCACGGAUCACCAGAGAGGGGCGCCGUGUCGCAGCAACAGCCUCCAGCCGCCCUCGACCCCCGCCCUGCCCCGGCGCUACCUGCCUCCCCAGCCGAGAAGCUCCCCUGGAGUCGGCAGGAAGGAGUUUCAGCGCUCGGAGGUCACACGUUCUCUCCCGUCCUCCCCGAAGAGGCUGGCAGUGGUCCCUCCCAAGCCGCAGUCCCCAGUCCAGUCCGUGCAGCGGCCCGCGGCGGCAGUGCGGGGGUCGGCUCCCCCGGGGUCCCCUCGCCGCGUUGCCCCCCUGAGGCUGCAGCAGGAACAGCAGGAGAGCCUGCAGAGGGAGAAAGAGGAGGCUCAGCAGAAAGAGAAGGAGAGGCAAGCAGAGGAACGAGAGAAAGAAGAGCAGAGGCAUGAGGUUCAGCGGCUGCAGGGACGCUGUGAGCAGCAGGAGAGGCAGCUGAGAACGCUCAGAGAAGAACUGAGGAAGACCUCCUUGGGUCUGGAAGCCUUCAUUAUAACCACUCAGCAUUACUGCCUCAAGAGCAAAACUACAGAAGAGAACCAAAAGAAGUUGUCCUUGGAAAUGCAAAACAUCAGAGAUGAAAUGGCAUUUAACACUGCGCGAUGGGAGAGACUCCAUCGGGAAAAGACGGCGCUGGAGGUGGCGUUUGAACGAGAGCUGCAGGAGCUGCAGCUGCAGCAGGAGGCGGAGCUGGCUGCGGUGGAGGAGGGGCUUAGAAAGUGUCACUCAGCCGAGGCGGAACACCUGAAGGCGGAGCAUCGGUCAGAGAUGGAGGAGCUGAGGACCCAUCAGCAGGAGCAGGUGGAAGAGAUGACUGUCAACCACCAGGCAGCCAUUCAGGAGCUUAGAGACAUGCAUAACAUCACCAUGGCAACACUGCAUGAGGAGCACGCCCGUACCAUGAGAGACUUAAGAAAAGCUCAUGAGCAACAGAAGAUGCUGCUAGAGGAGGACUUUGAGAAACUCAGGCUUUCUCUACAGGAUCAAGUGGAUACUCUCACAUUUCAAAACCAGAGUCUGAGAGACAAAGCCAAACGUUUCGAGGAGGCUCUGAGGAGGAGCACAGACGAGCAGAUAGUUGAUGCCCUGGCGCCGUACCAGCACAUCGAGCAAGAUCUGAAGAGCUUGAAGGAGGUUGUGGAAAUGAAGAACCAGCAGAUACACCAGCAAGAGAAGAAGAUAUCUGAUCUGGAGAAAGUGCAGGCUCAAAAGAACGUCUUCCUUGAGGAGAGGGUCCAGGUUCUGCAGCAGCAGAAUGAAGACCUGAAGGCUCGUAUUGAAAUGAACCUCACCCUGUCCAGGCAACUGUCCGAGGAGAACGCCAACCUUCACGACUCCGUCGAGAAGGAGAGCACCGAGAAGAAGCGGCUGAGUCGCAACAACGAGGAGCUCCUGUGGCGUCUCCAGACCAGCCCCCUCAUGUCCCCUGCCUCUUCUCCGCUGCACCGCUCUUUCUCCAACUCCCCCAUCCCUUCAUCCCCAUUUUUCUCCUCCUCACCCGUAGCGGGCUGCGACUCCCCCACCCACUGCUACGGCUGUCCCCAGCAGGCUCAAUACUGCUCCCCCUCACACAGAGCCUCCACCAACCAGAACCUCUCCCCUGGACCAGGCACACCCACUCACAGGGCAGCCAGCAAUCAGAAUUACUCCCCUGGCCCGGCCACGCCCACACACAGAGUGUCAGCCAAUGGCUGUAACUCGCCCAGUUUUCUCGGCUCUUUGCAGAGAUAAGCUCACAUUUUUCUCUCUAUCGUUCUCUUUCUCUCUCUCUCUCUCUCUCUCUCUCUUUUUCUUCACAUUCUCUUACAUUUUCCUUCAUUCUCCUCCAUUUCAUUAUUUGGAUGUGAACGGAUUUGAAGUACACAUUGGGGAAAAACAAGGGACAAAACUGGAAAGUCAUGAACUUUCAAGUCUCUCGAUGGUCCCGGGGGGGCGGUGUCUGUCACGUGAAUCACAGCGCAGACACAAUAAGACUGAUAAAUUAAGGAAUGGAUGCAGAUGACUGCAGCUGAGCCUCGUCCCCAAUCCCGACUUGUAUGUCGUCCUGGAAGUGUAGAGUGUACAUACUGUAUGAUAGUGGCACGGAUGGUGUCGACGUGUAGGGAAACCUCCCUGCAUGGACAGUCGCGACGAGUCCCGCGCAGAGGAAACGGUACAGAUGGAAAGUAGCACACUCUCGUCACCAGAACACAAUGUGUUGUAAACACGGCCAUGACCUUGAUAAAAUAAGCUAUGUUCUCUCUCAUCAGGAUUAGUUUCUCAUAUUCAAGCCUGAGCUGCAAUUCGGAGUCACGAACUGAAUCAGCUUUAAACAGAAAGGUUUUGUUUUUGUUUUUUUUGUUUUAUGUUUAGUUUAUCAUCCGGAAAAAUCCCCAACAAAGCGCCUUAUACUUCGUCCCGCCGUCUCACCAGCAGAGGACAAGCAGCAUUUUACCCCCUGAACAGCUUUGGAUAAAAUAAUUAGUUUGUAAAUCAAAGCAAAUUGUGUUUUUUUUUUCAGCCGUUUUAACAUUUUGUAAUUUACAUCGACGCCGAUAGUUUUACUUGUGUGGGACAGCCCUACCUGGAGCCCCAGCCAUUUGAACCUCGCAAAAAAAAGCCAACAAAGAAAAAAACCACAGAGGACUUAAAACGUUUCAAACCUUUGCCAGGUCUUCCUUAAACGAGCUACGAGGGAUCCCUCAGGUCAACAUGCAAAAACUACGUCUGCCAUUUUGUAUUUUUUACCUCAGCGGGGAAUGUGCAGUCUGUUGCGUAGCUCAACAGCCAACAUCACCAACAAGAAACAAACAACACAGAGCUAACAGGGAGCUCAGAGCUAAGGGGGGGGGCCAAACACAGGAAUCUGUUUUAAAUGUUGUGGAUUUCUUUAAAAAACGUGAUAUCUAAUUCAUUUGUUACAUGUAUUUUGCCAACUUCUGCAAGCAUGUACUGUGAAAGUCUUCCAGUCUUAAUGUGAAACUUAUUAUUGCUGUGAUCCGUCUAUUUAUUAUUAAGCUCGAGGCGCGAAGCAAAUGAAUGGUGUUUGUAAAAACAUUUUUUUGAAAAUAACACAUAUGGGACACAAGUGGAAUAAUAUGUGAUGCACCUGAGGAGAAAGGAAAUAUAGUGCAGUUUGUUUGUUUUUUUUACUUGUCAUAUAUAGGUGGUGUUCAGGGGACUGACUUAUGAUAUGAAAUGGGUCUAUAAGCUAUGUAGGUUAAAGGUGCAAUACGUAAGAUUUUAGUGGAAAACACUCAAAACGUAACUAAAAUGAUCAACGGGGGGUAUGAGCAAACAGGCGACCAAUUCUUACAUACUGCACCUUUAGAAAAAAUAAUAAAAACACAGGUUAACUCUCUGUUUACCUCGUCGUGACUAGUGUUACAGAGAUCAGGGGCGUCGGCCUGUGUUAACCUUUUCAUAACCUCUUCUAAGGCUUCGUUUAUCCGAAUGACACUUUUUAUCCUGCGAGUGUUUUUCGUUCAAACUGUUCCGCGAGCCGCAACGCGUUUCUCACGGCACGCGAGAACAAUGUCGUUCAGGGAAUUAUUUUCUAAAUUUAGAUUAGAAAUAUCGUCGGUUUUCAUUUUGUAUAGCUUCUUGACAGAGCAUUAUACACUCUCAAGACAUUUUUUCCCGAGAUAAUUUUUUUCCACUUCUAUGAAAUACAACAGAGAAAAACAAAAAACAUCCUUUGGUAUAUACAAAAACGAGAAUUAUUUUAUAGCAUACAGUAUGUCAUAAAUGCCUCCUGCUCUGUAACUCUAUAACUUACCCUCAGGGUCUUUCAUCCGGCUUUUGAACUAUGUAGAACACUACAGUAUUAUUACAGUUUAAUCUCAGUGAAUUACUCAUAUUGUAACAAAACGAAAGCUUAAACCGCUGUAAAUAAACGAGGACAGUGAGAAGGGGAUGAGGGUAAGUUUACGUAGGCUAAUAGGAGCUGGAUUUAGGGUUAGUCACUAAUGUAAUUUUGUUAAAAGUUAUGUAGAUGCAUGGGGGGGUCGGGUCUGGCAGGGGGGCGGGGGCAGCAUCAAGGCUUUGACAUUCCUUGCAGCGCCCCUGGUCACUUUUUCUAUUAAGUUAACCUUUUACCAGCAUGUAAAGAAGGGGCGUUCCUGGGCUUGCCAGUUUUUUUUCCAGUCAAAUACUUUCAAGUGGAUCCUUAAUUGCGAUACCAGCAGCACUUUUGACGGUUGUUAAAUAAAUAAAAACCUAGAAAAUAAAAAAAUAUUUCGUCGAGAUUUUUUUUGUACGAUACGAUACAGGGUUGAAUGCUCUUAAACAAAAGAAUGUCAAGCGCAGAGUAGGGUUUGAGGCGCGCCUCUCGAUUCUCACUUCAUUUUUUCGUACCUACGCGCUGACAGUUUUGAGAAUGUCUCUUGCGUCUGUGGGAAUUUGCCCGUCGGGAAAAAGUCACUGUGUUUCCGAACGUUUAGGACCACAGUUCAGCUGCGUCAUCAAGUGGUUUCUUCAGGGUCCUCCUAACGGCCGCUUCAGGUGCAAAUAAAUAAAUAAACACAGCCUACAAAAAAAUGCAACAAAGACUACUGUUUACAAAUGACAGCGUAAAAAUUUCAUACUGAAUUCAUAAUUCACUUUUUCUGAAUGGACUAUGAUUUCUAAACGAUGAAACUGGUAUUGUAAUGACCCUUCUUCAAUGUGUCCUGUGGACAUCUGUGUCUCGCUAUAUGCUGAAUGUCAAAAAUGUAACGACCGCAUAUUUUAUACGAGUCAUUCGUGUGAUUCUGUUUGCUAUAGAAGGACCUCUCGUCUGAUCACGAUGUAGCAGAUAUUUUAAUAUGUAGCAUUUGGUUGAGGCUCCCUGCGACAAACGUGGGUAGCCCAUUUAAUUCGUUAGGGGCUGAAAACGUCCAUGUUGGUUUUUGAAAUGCUGCCGUAGCAAAUUCUUUCCCAUGGCUUGUCAACUUUCAGCACUAGAAUUUUCGAUUUGUGGUGGUGAGCUAUACAAUUAACCCUCACGGAUUUGGUCCGGAGACGGAAGGUCUACCGAAAUGGUUUGUUCUGGCACUGAUUGUAUGUUUGAAUGUAAAUACAUUUACAACAUGAGUUGUGUCUUAGUGCACCGACAAAAGUGAUAGAAGCAUGUUUUUUCCUGUCUUUGCUGUUUUCUCUCCCUUUCUCUUUCCUUUUAAACCUCUCUGCGAUCUGUGAUGGUCGAAAAAUGUAACCGUAGCGUAGGAGGCCUAGCGGACGAGGAGUGAGAUGGGUCAACAUGUAAUGUAUACGCGGUAUGUUGAUGCUAUUAUUUGUACUUUUUGGAGGGAGAACAUGGUAUUAAAAACAUUGAA